AUGUCGACGCAGCAGAGCGAGACGACAGAAUUGAGAUCGACAGGAUCAGGGGGAUCUGAAAGGAUCGAAGAAUCUACGAUGCGCAAUGGAAUGACGAUAGGGCGAAGGAUGUGCCUAGCGAGCGGAUGGACUGUGUUUGGGUUGGUAUUCUUCUAUCUGGUGAUGGUGAUGCUCUCUGCCCUUCAAUCGGGGAUCAAUCUAGACCCCCUCGAGUACACCGGGUGGGCGCGUACGGCGUGCCGACACACGGGAGCAGUUGCUGUGGUACCGUUUGCGCUGUUUCUAGUAAGCAACAAGGGGAAGAGCGGGUCGCUGUUCUACGCCGUGAUGACGGCAUGCGCGCUGUUUGCGCACCUUGUGAUCCUAUCGUCUGAUUUACGGGUGUUUUCCGACCCAGAAGUGAUGGAGCAGCUGCUGGUUCGCGAGAAGUCGCACCCGCUGAUGGCUUCGUUCGGUCUGCAAAUGGGAGGAACGAUUUGGAAGGCAAUUGGGUGCGCCGGGUUUGCAGCGAGCAUCGCUCUGGCGAUGGAGAGAACGUAUGGCAGCAGGCUGGGACAAGGGAACGAGAAGCUGGGGAUGUUAGGGAGUAUUUGCUGUUUCUUGCUCAUGUUUGACAUUGUGAUCACUUAUGUAGAGGGGCUGAUCAAGUCUUUAAUUGCAGAAGGGGGAGUGGAGUGGAAGGGGGUGGCGUGUUCGUCGUACUGGCUGCUAUUGUUGGCGGCAUGCGGAUCAUAUGGGAUGGCGGAGCGGGCAGUCGAGCGGGCAGGGCGGGAUGCAAGAGAGAAGAAAAAGACGCAAUGAAAUGGGGCUGGGGAUACGUAGGAUGAGAUGGAGGAAACCGGGAACACUGUUGAUUCCAAGACUGGAAAGGUGGCUAAAGAGAAAAGCCGAAGCUAUCAUGCCUCAGGGCGAUAAAGUGCCGGGAUGUCAUGACACUGCAAGUGCAGAAAACGAAGACGCAAUGGAUGAUGGAACGGCGGCGAUUGAACGAGAACAAGAAGACAAUACUGUCUCCGAGCAGGGAGUGCGAGAAGGCGAGGUAAGAGUGGUGGCGAAUGACGCAGAUGGAAGCGGCAUGAUUUGAGACGAAGUACGUACGUGCGUACUAAUGUCACUGCGACUUGUGAACAAUAGGUCGCAAAUAGUGAGGGCGCAGAAGAGGUUGAGCAAGCUGGGGCCUAGCAAGCGAUUGAGCUGCUCGCCAGGUUAUUUGCAGAGAUUCCAUCGUGGAGAGUAACCAUCACGAUACUAAAGUACCUCUGCACGCACGAUACCUUCGCGACAGGUCUGCCGCCCACGCUCUUGUAUUGAAACAAUGGGGCACAAAAGAGAAAAGAGAAGUUUGGAAUGGGCAGCUGGAUGCCGCAACUGCCGACGUCCUGAAAGAGUGGUUUCCUGACAAGAUCACAUUGAAGGUUUGCCCUACUGUUCGUAAAGUACACUCAAAAUUUCUAAAAUAUACUGUAGUAUUCAGCCUUGGAA